AUGAAGUUGACGUCUCUCCUGCUGGGCUGCUCGUCGGCCCUGCUGGCCGCCGCGUGCGGCAACCACGGCGACGAGAAGGAGUGGACCAAGGCCGAGUUGGAUGAGUUGGAGGCUAAAUGGGGUUUCGAGGUACGAUUCACGGGCAUCGGCUCUUUCGCUCAUCUCAAGCACGUCAAGUGCCUGACGACGCCGUCCGAGUUGUACGAUAUCGCCAUCAUCGGCGCGCCGUUUGACACGGCUGUCAGUUACAGACCAGGCGCCCGCUUCGGCCCCCGCGCCAUCCGCCAGGCCUCGAGCAGACAGACGUCGUUCCGCGGCUUCAACCCGCGCGCGAGCAUCAACCCGUACGCCAACUGGGCCACGAUCCUCGACUGCGGCGACAUACCCGUCACGCCCAUGGACAACGUCGUCGCCGUGGAGCAGAUGUCGGCCGCUUUCAAGGAGCUGGGUCAGCGCAGGCCCGUGUCGAGUUCGCUGAGCAGGCCGAAGCUCAUCACCCUCGGCGGCGACCACAGUCUCGCGCUGCCCGCGCUGAGGGCGCUUAGGGAGGCGUACGGGGCGCCGUUGAGGGUGUUGCAUUUUGAUGCUCACCUGGACACCUGGCAUCCGGCAAAGUACCCAUCCUACUGGACCGCAACGCAAUUCAACCACGGCUCCAUGUUCUGGAUGGCCGGCAACGAAGGCCUCCUCUCCAACGCCUCGAGCCAGCCCUCGGUCCACGCGGGCCUGCGCACCCGCCUCUCCGGCACGGACUUCACCGACCACGACGACGACACGGCGCAGAACUGGGUGCGCAUCGCCGCCGACGACAUUGACGAGAUUGGCACCGCGGGCAUCGUCAAAUCCAUCAUGGAGACGCUGGGCACCGAGGACCCCGUGUACCUGUCCAUCGAUAUCGACGUCCUGGACCCGGCGUUCGCGCCCGGUACGGGCACGCCUGAGCCCGGUGGCUGGACAACGCGCGAGCUGAUUCGGAUUCUGAGAGGGAUCGAGGGGUUGAAUUUGGUGGGUGCUGAUGUUGUGGAGGUGAGCCCUGCGUAUCAGAAUGCUGGGGAGGAGACGGCGUUGGCGGCGGCGCAGGUUGUGUAUGAGGUUUUGAGCUCGAUGGUGAAGAAGGGGCUUGAGGGGAUGGGCAAGGAGGGCAAGGCUGCUGCUGCUGUUGUUGAUGAGAAGGAUGAGUUGUGA